AUGCUACACCCAACGGCAGAGAUGAAUGAGAAAUCUGAUGCGAGAGAGAAGGGCAGCAGAUACAACAGCUCCAAUGACCGUAUACAUCUAUCUCUGGGCGAGGGGACUCAAAUUAUUCACAAGGCAGCUGUCGAUAGAUAUGGAAUCAGGCUCCAUCCACAGCCCACCUCAGACACUCUAGAUCCACUUAAUUGGUCUGGUGUCCAAAAACAUACCAUAUUGUCGAUUGUUAUGUUCAAAUAUUUCCUAUUCACAUAUCUCACUACCACCACAGUACCAUCCUUUACCGAGAUCCAGGACCAAUACCAGAUCAACUAUUCUCAGGUAAACUGGACGGUUGCCGUUCCGGCAUUGGGCCUCACCGUUGGUCCACUCAUUUGGUCAUCGCUGGGUGAUAUAUAUGGCCGUCGAGUGAUAUUCUUAGUUGGAACAACAAUAGCCCUAGUCUCCACAAUUGGCGCUGCUGUCGCCGAUACAUAUUCGGGAUACAUGGCUGCCCGCUUCUUCCAAGGGUUUGGCGUGAGCCCAGGGUCAACUGUUGGGUUGGCUAUAGUGAAUGAUCUCUUCUUCGAUUAUGAGCGUGGCCAGAAGCUCGGCCUGUGGGCCCUGGCACUGGACUCCGGCUUGCUUCUGGGUCCUACUUUCGGUGGUUUUCUGGACCUCAUCAACGCUGCAUGGAUCAAUUGGUUUACCGCGAUCCUCUUCGCUGCGUUACUUCUCCUCGAGCUGUUUUUCCUGCCUGAAACGCUUUAUCCUCGAAACAAGAUGCUGCAACAGAUGCCUCGUCUUAGUGAACACAAAGAUAUUCCUAGUGACAUUGAAAAACAACCGGUGGAAGAUGGUAUAGGUUCACCCGCUCCUUCACCUGUAGAGACCGUACCAUCCGAUCUACGCCGCACGAAAAGCCUACCUUUUAUAAAUUGGCACCCUAUCCCGGGCAUAUCCCAUCCUAAGCCAUGGGACUCAAUCACCCGUCUCAUGCUGACAUUUCAGCUACCUACUGUGGUGAUCGCACUGCUUGGGUAUUCAUUUCUUUGGUACUGGUGGGUUCUGUCGGUUAUCACGAUGGUACCCGCGGCAUAUGCAGCCUACUCUCCUCUCAUCCAGGGACUGCUGUUUCUUGGGUUAUUCCUUGGGACGGUUGUAUCGGAAGUUUGCUGUUCUGGUCGACUGGGUGACUAUAUUGUCGAGAGAUUGGCGAAGAAGAAUGACAACAUUCGAGUUCCCGAGAUGCGGUUGUGGUUGGCGUAUCCCGCUAUACUGCUCACUGCUGUUGGGCUGAUUCUUUGGGGGAUUAGUAUCGACAAGAACUACCAUUGGAUGGUAGGCCAAGUGGCGUUCUUCUUAUUCGCAGCAGGUAUCCAAAUUGGCAACACAGUGACCAGCAGCUAUGUUGUAGACUGCUAUCCUUUACAAACGACAAGUGUGAUAACAUUCUACGCUGUGUUUCUCAAUCUCAGUGCCUUCAUAAACCCGUUCCUUAUUUCUCCCUGGCAAGCCUCUUCCGGCUGGACCUGGACAUUUAGCGCGCAAGGACUUAUAGUGCUCGUUGGGUGUGGUUUAAUCUUCAACAGUUUGCAUAGGUUCGGUGGCUGUAUGCGUGCAAAGGCGCCACAGCCAUCAUGGGUGAAUCCAGAAUUUGAUAUAGAACCAUAG